UUUUGAUGAUCACCUGCUUCCAUUCUCAAUUUUUUUUUUCCUUUUUUCUUUCGUUGGAUUUUGCAAAGAUGAAUAAUGAUAACUUAAGUCAGCGAUUUGUUAGCUGGCAUGGGCAUUCACCCAAACACUGUACAGCAACAAAGCGCAGCGUAUAUUCCUCCUCAUCAUCGUACUAAAGCAUACAGCCAUGAUAAAGAUAUAGAUAGUUGGAAUCGACCUUCUUCUUCUAGACCAAGCUGGAGAGAUGAAUAUUCGGAUUAUGAUCGUCCCAAAAGAGGAUGGAGUACUCGUAGUUCGAGUAGCUCUAGUUUUGGAAACCAAUAUCAAUUUGAUGAACGAGGAUCGUAUGGUGGCUAUCGUCCUCGUGGAAAUUACCAGCGAUAUCAAUCUACUAAAAGAGAUCAUUCAGGUCAUUGGAGAGACGGGGUUCAUCGCGUUGGACCGCGCAAUCCUCAUGUAGAAAGAGAAUUGUUCGGUACUGCUGAAGACAAAAAAAUAUUACAUAUAGGCAUCAAUUUUGACAAAUAUGACAACAUUCCAAUUGAAGUUUCUGGUAAAGAUGUGCCUCCUUUGAUUGAAGAAUUUACUUCGCCACCCAUGGACACUCAUUUACUAAGUAACAUUGAAUUGGCAAGGUACACAAAGCCUACGCCUGUACAGAAAGCAUCCAUUCCUAUUGUGAUAAACCAUCGUGAUUUAAUGGCCUGUGCUCAAACAGGCUCGGGAAAGACAGCUGGUUUCUUGUUUCCUAUAUUGUCCAGCAUGUUUGAAAAGGGACCAACAACAACUGGUAUAUACCGUCCUCAUAAAGCUUACCCAGAAGCACUUGUUCUAGCACCUACGCGUGAAUUAGCCUCUCAAAUCUUUGAGGAAGCCAAGAAAUUCGCUUACAGAUCUUGGGUGCGCCCCUGUGUAGCCUAUGGCGGUGCAGAUAUUGGCCAACAGUUGCGCCAAAUCAGUUACGGCUGUGAUGUUUUGGUAGCCACACCAGGCCGUCUUGUGGAUUUGAUUGAACGAGCCCGUAUCUCUCUGGCUAAGGUUCGCUUCUUAAUUUUAGAUGAAGCAGAUCGUAUGCUGGAUAUGGGAUUUGAACCUCAAAUUCGUCGUAUUGUUCAAGGCGAAGAUAUGCCUGAUGCCAACCAUCGUCAAACUCUCAUGUUUUCUGCCACUUUUCCUAAAAACAUUCAGAUUCUAGCGCAUGACUUUCUGAAAGACUACAUCUUUUUGUCUGUUGGCCGUGUGGGUGCUACAUCAGAAAACAUCACACAGAAAUUCGAGUAUGUAGAAGAUCAAGAUAAACGAUCGGUGUUACUGGAUAUCUUGUCUUCCGCGCCUCAGAAGGGGCUUACUCUGAUCUUUGUCGAAACAAAACGUAUGGCAGAUACUCUAAGUGAUUUCUUGAUCCAUCAACGGUUCCCUGUCACAUCCAUUCAUGGUGAUCGGUCUCAGCGCGAACGUGAGAAUGCACUGGAGGCUUUUCGGUCAGGAAAAGCACCUAUCAUGGUAGCCACGGCUGUUGCUGCUCGAGGAUUAGAUAUUCCUAAUGUGACGCAUGUUAUUUCGUAUGAUUUACCUACAGACAUUGAUGAUUAUGUGCAUCGUAUUGGGCGUACGGGCCGUGCAGGUAAUGUCGGUGUCGCCACAGCAUUUUUCAAUCGAGGCAACAAGAACAUGGCUCGCGAUUUAAUCGAUUUGUUAAAGGAAGCAAAGCAAGAUAUUCCUCACUGGCUUGAAGGUAUUGUGCGUGAAACCUACAGUCGUCGUGGAGGACGAGGACGAGGACGAGGAGUGACAAGAGAUUAUAGAGUGCGCCAUCAUGAAUAUAGAGGGUCAAACAAGAUAGGCUAUGAUGAUGAUUAUCCUACACAACAUUAUGCUUCUUCUUAUGGCGGCGGCACAGGAUAUGUCAGUCGACAAAGUAAGACAAGUUGGUUUUAGAAAUGAACUACUUUCAAUCAUUGUACAGGCUA